CAGGGCAAACGAAAGAAGUCAAGCAGACAGCCGCAAGGACCGCGAAAGAGAGAACCUCUACCCUCAACAUUUGCCUGCUUGUUCUGUAAUCACGAAAACUCCAUUGUGGUAAAACUAGACAAGAAGCUAGGCCUGGGAAACUUAUCUUGUAAAGUGUGCGGGCAGAGGUUUCAAACUGGUAUCAAUUAUCUUUCUGCUGCUGUCGAUGUUUACUCGGACUGGGUGGAUGCAUGCGAUGCUGUUGCCAAAGAUGCUGCCAAUAAAUAUGAAGAAAACGAUUCCCGUGGGAUGCGCUCGCAGGAUUAUCCUUCUUUAGAGCAGCCAGAUGUCAGUGAACGUAUGAAUGCUUAUACUGAAGAUUAUUAA